GAAACUUGGCGCUCAGCAUGCCGACGGUGGAGGAGCUGUAUCGCAACUACAGCAUCCUCGCCGAUGCCACGGAGCAAGUGGGCCAGCAUAAAGAUGCCUACCAAGUGAUCCUGGAUGGCGUGAAAGGCGGCACCAAGGAGAAGCGAUUAGCAGCUCAGUUUAUUCCAAAAUUCUUUAAGCAUUUUCCAGAACUGGCUGAUUCUGCAAUCAAUGCAACACAGUUAGACCUCUGUGAGGAUGAAGAUGUGUCAAUACGACGCCAAGCAAUUAAAGAGCUGCCUCAGUUUGCAACAGGAGAAAAUCUUCCAAGAGUAGCAGAUAUACUGACCCAGCUUCUGCAGACAGAUGACUCUGCAGAAUUUAAUUUGGCGAACAAUGCUCUAUUAAGUAUAUUUAAGAUGGAUGCAAAAGGAGCGUUAGGUGGCUUAUUUAGCCAGAUUCUUCAAGGAGAAGACAUUGGUAGAGAAAGAGCAAUUAAAUUCCUGUCCACAAAACUCAAGACGCUCCCAGAUGAAGUGUUAACUAAGGAAGUUGAGGCACUCAUACUCACUGAAUCCAAAAAGGUCCUGGAAGAUGUGACUGGUGAAGAAUUUGUUCUGUUCAUGAAGAUACUGUCUGGGUUAAAAAGCUUACAGACAGUGAGUGGAAGACAGCAGCCAGUAGAGCUGGUGGCGGAGCAGGCUGACCUGGAGCAGACCUUCAGCCCCGCAGACCCUGACUGUGUGGACAGGCUCCUGCAGUGCACACGGCAGGCCGUGCCUCUCUUCCCUAAAAAUGUCCAUUCUACAAGGUUUGUGACAUAUUUCUGUGAGCAAGUUCUCCCUAAUCUCAGUACCCUGACUACCCCAGUGGAGGGUCUUGAUAUACAGUUGGAGGUAUUAAAAUUGUUGGCAGAGAUGAGUUCAUUUUGUGGUGACAUGGAAAAACUAGAAACAAAUUUAAGAAAACUCUUUGAUAAGUUACUGGAGUAUAUGCCUCUCCCUCCAGAAGAAGCAGAAAAUGGAGAGAACGCUGGUAAUGAAGAGCCCAAGCUACAGUUUAGUUAUGUGGAAUGUUUAUUGUACAGUUUUCACCAGUUGGGCCGAAAACUCCCAGAUUUCUUAACAGCCAAAUUGAAUGCAGAAAAGCUCAAAGAUUUCAAAAUCAGGUUGCAAUACUUUGCACGGGGCCUUCGGGUUUAUAUCAGACAACUCCGAUUGGCUCAGGGUAAAACAGGCGAGGCCUUAAAAACCGAAGAGAACAAGAUAAAAGUUGUUGCAUUGAAAAUAACAAAUAAUAUCAAUGUUUUAAUCAAGGAUCUCUUCCACAUUCCUCCUUCUUAUAAGAGCACAGUAACAUUGUCCUGGAAACCUGUACAGAAAGUCGAGAUUGGGCAAAAGAGAGCCAGUGAAGAUACAAGUUCAGGUUCACCACCUAAGAAAUCUCCAGGAGGACCAAAAAGGGAUGCCCGACAGAUUUAUAAUCCUCCUAGUGGGAAAUACAGCAGCAAUUUGGGCAACUUUAAUUAGAGAGGAGCCUUCAGGGGAAGUAGAGGAGGCCAAGGCUGGGGAACACGAGGAAAUCGUAGUCGAGGAAAACUCUACUGAGUACGACAUCACAUUCUUCAGCAUUGUCAUGAGCUUAAUAUUCUUAAAUC